AUGUUGCUGGCCACUUGUGCAUCCAAAAGGGGCACCAAAUUGUGCGACGGUGUCAUGAAGUUUCCGAAGAUUCGCGAGUGCGAACAAAUCGAACUGGACUCGUUGGAGGAGUACGACUUUUUGAGCGACAAAUCUCUUAACGAGAACGACGACUCGAAUCAGCGUCUGACAUCCACCGCCGUCGAAUCAGUGAAAGAGCUGAACCUGAACGGCCUGUGCAAGAACAAUGAUGAAAUCAACGAGUGUUACGUGGAAGAAAUCGUACUUCCUGGCGAAUCCAUCCAGACCUUAUCCGAACUUCGAGUGCUCAGCCUUCGAUCCAAUGGCAUCAACAACUUCCCCAACAGCGUGUUGCAACUCACCACACUGACCGUGCUGGAUCUGUCCGAUAACAGUCUGCUGACACUUCCACCCGAAAUCGGCCAGUUGCAGAGUCUGCAGGAGCUCGUGCUGGAUCAGAACCUGUUGAGCGUGCUGCCGCCCACUCUAUGGGACCUGCGCUCCCUCAGGAUACUGCGUGUGGCCGACAACCGACUGGCGCUGCCCCCCGACAACAAACCGGACAUGAGGGCCUUAGUCCUUUCCGAAUCCGACUACAAGCCCGAGAAUCAUGAGCACACCAACGGAUUGAAAACCUUAAACCUGCGUUCCAAUCGAUUGAAAGGGAACAUCAUCUUGGGAAACUAUGGGAACCUGACUGAGCUGGACGUUAGUGAAAACAGCAUAGAAAAUCUAGAUUUGAGUGCUGUGGAACAGCUACAAAUCCUGCAAUGUUCCCGAAACUCCUUGACCCACCUGACGUUGCACGGCAAGAAGCUGGUGUCUAUAAUCGCAGGAAACAACAGAUUGAAGAAGCUGACGGUAGCCCACGCACCUCUGGGCUUGAAGCACAUGGACGUGUCCUACAACGAGUUGGAGUCGCUGCCCGAUUGGCUGUCGGGAUGUAGCGAGCUCAGGUCUUUGUUCGCCAGCAACAACAUGCUGUCCUCGUUGCCCGAUCACUUAUUCUGUAACGAGAUGCCGUUCCUGCAAACGCUGCAGCUUGCCUACAACAACAUCCAGUACUUACCGGCGAUCCAGCGCCGACUGCUUCUACAAGAUCUCUUCCUGCAAAACAACAGUUUGUCCACGUUACCUGAGAAUUUCUUCAAAUUCGUUAAAAACAUCAAAGUACUAAAUCUGUCCAACAACCGCUUGUGUGACCUGCCCAAACCGGACGAAGUGCUCCAGCUGGAGAAGCUGUUCAUCACCGCCAACUGCCUCGUGGACAGGUCGUUGGAGAAGCUGUGCCCGUACUUGAGGAACCUGAAGACCUUGCACGCGGCCUACAACAGCUUCACCGCAUUGCCCGAGCACUGUCCCUUGUACUGGAGCGAGCUCGAGGAGCUGGUGGCGUCGGGGAACAAGCUGCUGAAGCUGCCUGACAACAUAGACAGGCUGAGGCACCUGUCGGUUCUGAGGGUCCACUCGAAUUUGCUGCAAAGCAUACCGAAGCUGUCGCAUCUGUUGUCGUUGAGAGUGUUAGAUUUGGCCCACAACCAGUUGGAUCGAAUCGACCUGUCGGCGUUGAUUCCCCCCAACUUGAAGUUCCUGGACUUGUCGUGCAAUACUAAGCUUCACGUUGAUUCUCAGCAAUUCAACAACUACAGGACGCAAAGGCCGAUGAGUUUGGUGGACGUUUCAGGCAAGAACAGGACUAGUUUACCAUUAUCUCCGUCUCCGUUUUGUGAAACUGAUCUUACUGAUCACUGUUGGACAGUUGGAUUUUCUGAAACUGCCGGUUGCAAGCAACGUUUGUACAUUUCCCAAAUUAGAUUGCCCGCCUUCUGCAACACUGAAGCUUUGUUUGGCAUGUUCGAUGGCGAAAACAACAACGACUUACCCAUAGCAGUCGACAAAGUGGUACCCAGAAUACUUCUGGAAGAACGGACGGUGAAAGAAACGUCGCACGAGUACAUGAAGUACACAAUGUUAUCAGCGCAUCGAGAGCUAAGGGACAAAGGCCAGAAGCAAGGGCUGAAUGCAAUAAUAAUACACGUGCUAAACCUCAAGCAACCUCAAGAGUACUCGUUUUGCACCAGUUUGAAAAAGUACGUGAUGAAAAUCGCCAGCGUUGGCGACAUCCGGGUGGUUCUGGGCCGUGCUGCCGGUCCGGUACGGCUGUUGCCGGCCAAGCAGCGACGUUCGAUCAGAGCUAACACGCAGCUUCAACUAAUGGUACCUGACCCAGACAUUUCCGAAAUUUAUCUCGACGAACAAGACGAGUACAUGAUCAUAGCCAACAAAAACCUGUGGGAGGUGAUGAGCCCCGAGAAUGCAAUCAAAGAGGUAAGCCUGCAGAGGAACGUCAUCCUGGCAGCCAAGCGGUUGCAGGACCUGUCCCAAAGUUACGGCGCCGAGGAGAACUUGAGUGUGAUCGUUGUUAAGUUUAAUCUGCUGAGCAACGACGUGGACAUGCUGAUGCGGGAGCUGAGACAGACCAUAAAACGCAACAAGUACCAGAGCGAGAGCGGCAACUCGGCUUCGACCUGCCAGGCGGGAUGUUGUUGCGAAGCUCUGAACACCGAGUGCAUAAGUUGCAUCGAAAAAAUACCCAUUCCACCGCCCAUGAUGAUCAACGAUGACCGAUCGUCGCCGAGUGGGCAAAGUGAGCACGCCUGCAGCGACUGCAACUCGUCGGCGAAGCUGUUCAUCAACCAGCUGAACAAGCAGAACGAGAACAGGUCGCUGAGGAGCGUGACGCCGUCCAUUUUCGAGUCCAACGAGGUUAAGGCUAGCCCGGAGAGGAGGAGUUACAGGGGGGUGGCGAAGGCUUUGAGGACCAGGCGGGAGGAGGAGAAGAACAGGGAGGAUUCGGAUUCGGCUUUGUCCGAGGAGCAGUUCAAGUGUUGGGAGUACAUGUUGGAGCAGAACACGCAGCUGUUGUUCGACAAGGAGUUGAACACCUUAUCCAAGGGGAUGAGGAAGCCUCCGUUCUCGGUUAAGAACAUGCCAAUAUCGAGGAGUUCGCCCCAUUUGGCGGACACCAACAAUAACAACAACAACAACAACACGCCGACCAGCUUUUUGUCCAGACAGUUCGGCAGUGCCAGAUCCUUUAAUCCGUUGAUGAACAGGACUUCAUCGAAGUUCGUGUUGGACAAGAAGCAGUUAUUGGGGGGACCACACGCAGCUUACUUUGGCAGCUUGCAGAGGCUGAUGCCUUACAAUUUGGAGUACGAUUUUGCGGUGAUGCACGAAAGAGGUUUGGCAGAUUCUUUGGAUCUGGACCGGAUGCAGCAAUAUUGGGGGGUCACGACCACCGAACUUUAGACCUUAAGAUUUUUAUUUACUGCAUAAUU